AUGUAUCUAUUUCACUCUAAUCAUUAUCUAUCUAUCUAUCUAUCUAUCUAUCUAUCUAUCUAUCUAUCUAUCUAUCUCAGCCUGCUCAUAAUCUAUCUAUCUAUCUAUCUAUAUCGAUCAAAGUAUUUUAUUCAUAUCUAUCUAUCUAUCUAUCUAUCUAUCUAUCUAUCUAUCUAUCUAUCUAUCUAUCUAUCUAUCUCAUUGACUCACAAAUUAUACACGAUCGAAGCUACACGUCCUCUUCAUUAUCUAUCUCAUUUCGUUCAUUAUCUGACUAUAUACCUCAGCUUGUUCAUUAUCUAUCUAUCUAUCUAUCUAUCUAUCUAUCUAUCUAUCUAUCUAUCUUCACUUUUUCAUAUCUAUCUAUCUAUUUAUCUAUCUCAGCCAAUUCGUGAUGGCCCAGAGCCCUCUCAUCUAUCACUAGAGCCAUCCUUACGAGGCAUUGCCACAGCGUUGACAUGGCGACUAGAGUACAAUGAGGUCGCCGAUUGA